AUGCCACUUUGGGACUCGCCAUUCAAAGACAAAACGAAGUCUCGAGUUAGCAGAACUAAGAUCAAUACGAACGGAAACUUGCAGAACAGCCUAGUCACCAAAUCGGCGCUAUUAUCAGUGUCGAAAUGGCUGCCACCGAGGGACGAGCACAGCGACUACUGGUGGAGCAUGGUUGGGCCUCAUUUCGCUGCGCUUUUUCGCAACGCGGACUACAGUCUGGAGGCCCAAUAUGAAUUUCUCCUUUUCAUCUAUCACCAGGUAGCCCCGCGACUGGGAUCGUCUCCUCGCGUGCUUGCAUUGGGCUCAGCAAAGGGUGACAGCGGACUUUCUCUGGAUGGAACACACAUCGAGUACAGCUGGAGAUGGAAUGAGCCCGGCACGAAGCCUGAAAUUCGUAUGGUUAUGGAGCCAUUCAGUCGAUUUGCGGGCACGUAUAUGGAUCCUCUGAACAUCAAACCAGCGACGGAGAUGCUGUACUCCAUGGCACCCCAAAUUCCGUCUCUCGACAUGAGCUUGUUUAAUCAUUUCAUCGGGAAGUUUUACGACGCAGCACAACACAAGUACCUGGAGACUAAUGAACGCCCAAUCAUGACAAAUGUAUGUCUCGGGUUCGAGUUUCUGGGGAACGAGAUCCUCCCCAAGGCAUACUUCUUCCCGCGCAAGCUCGGUCAAGUCGGUCUUACUCCCAUGGCCGUCUGGGAAGAUGCUAUCACCUCUGCGGUCCCCGAUACACCAACCAUCGGCACCGUUUUCUCAUUUGUCAAAGGAGAGGCGCCAGACCUGGGCUUGACACUCACACCGCUUUGGUUGGGCAUCGACGUUGUCCGUCCAGCGGAUGCGCGCCUCAAGCUCUACUGCGUCGAGGCUCGCACGUCGUUCGAAAGUGUCAAGUCCAUUCUAACGAUGGGAGGCAGGAUUGAAGUCCCCAGAGAUCUACUUGGAAAGGCCUGGGAGCUGAUGAAGGCUGUUUGCAAUCUCCCUGCAGACUUCCCUCAGGAUCAAGAUCUCCCGAAAGCACCCCGAUAUAACGUUUCAACCGACGGCGUUGACACUGCAGGCCUUUGGGGGACCUUUGCGUACUACUUUGACAUCGGGCUUCGUCAACAAGAGUUACCCGACGUCAAGUUUUACAUUCCAGUAUGUCACUACGGCGCAGAGGAUCAGGCGAUUGCAGAGGCAAUCACCAAAUGGAUGGUAGAUAAUGGUCGAGGUCAAUAUGUGGACGCCUACUGGGAUUCUCUUCGCGACAUCAUACCGCACAGGGAGCUGAAGGACUCUCGCGGUGUUCACAUGUGGCUGUCGAUGAUGAUCAGAGGGGGCAAACUGCAGGUUACGACAUACAUUGCACCAGAGGGACACCAUCCCAAGCGCCAUGGAGGUGCUGCAGGAGUGCACAGAGAAAUUGCUGCGCAAGUCACAGGAUUCUAG